AUGACACAAACAACAAAACAGCAAAAGGACAAUCAUGAUCAACAACCAAAAAAUUCCGCUAAUGGACGUGUCCUUAGCAAUGGUAAUGUUAUUCAAGCUCACUUAGACGCCAGAGGUGAACGUUUAAAAGUCGUCGUAAAAUUAAAUGAUGGCGUCCAGAUAGAUUUUCCCGUACCUACUUCGAAAGAAGUCCGCGAUCGUUUUUUUUAUAAAAAAGCAAAAUCUUCCGAUAAACCCGCUAGACCUCCAAAUAAAUUUUUUAUCUUUCGAACCAUGUUCCAAGGUGCUGUGGACACCUUUAAACUUCAGGUUCCUAUCGUUUCCGGGAUCGCUAGUGAAGUUUGGAGAAAAUCUAGCGUCGAAGUUAAAGAGGUCUUUACGAGACUUUCCAAUAUUGCAAAAACUGAACAUGGCGAAAUUAACCCUGGUUAUGUCUAUAAACCGCAUAGAAAACAAUCGCAUUCUCAAGAUAAUGAUAAAAAUUUCGAUAUCGUUUCUCCAGAAAAAAUGAAUCUCGAUUCUAUUGAUUCCUCUCCAAGCCCUUCUUCGAGUACUCCUUCGUCGCCUUGUACUCCCACUUUACCAUUAUGGGCUUCUACUUACCCUUCGAAACUCCCCGAUACUCUUCCUCAUUCAAAUUUAUCCGGUCAACAACUCCCUCAUUUUAACGUUACUCCACAGUUUACUCUUAACGAUCUUUCCCCGAAUUCCGAUUCUUAUCCGGCAACUUUUAUGCAAUCGCAACAAUUAACUUAUUUAUCAUUCGGAGAUACUACUAUUCAACAUUUCAUACCUCAACAAAUGUUACAACCUCGUUCCGAUUCUUCUAUUGAUCAAAUUCCUUUUGUUUCCCAUCCCGAUUCUUUUCAAUUUUAUCAAGUUUCGACUUCGGGUUCUCCCACUUAUCCUUUAACAUACGACGUUCUGGUGGAUCAAAAUUGUCCGCUUAGAUUACAACCUUCCGAUUACAAUAACGAUGGAAAUUCCAUUAUGAGUUCCGUUCCGUUACCAUAUUCCAUGGAUUAUUUUCAUCCAAUGCAUCAUGAUUAG